CUGCAGCAUGAUUAAUGGUGGAGUGGAUGCUUAUGUUCGCUGUGUCCAAGCUAUACACAUGUAUUAAUUGCAUUUCUGUAAAGUAAUGGGAUUGAAAAGUGAGGAGAACUUUCAAAAGAAAUGUAGACUCUGUGGCCGACUUGGAAGACGGUUUACUGACAUUUUUACUCCCCACCUACCGUCUGCCGUAACUAAACCAAACGGGAAACUGUCGCAACUUAUAUACAAAUGCCUUCAGCUACAAGUUAAAGAAGAUGACAGUUUACCAAAGAAAAUAUGUGAUGAUUGCAAUAAGAAGCUUGCUUCUUGGCAGAACUUUUAUAAAAAAUGUGAACAGACACAAAAGAGAUUACAACAGUACUUAGAGAAUUGGCAGAAGUCAUCAGUUCAUGUUUGCAGUUCUAAUCAGGACAGUGUCACAUGUCCAUGUUCAUACAUUUGUAAAGAUUCAUUUCAAAUUUCACUUGGUGAUAAAACUCCUGCAGAAACAAACCAAACAAACACAUCUGCACUGUCUAAGAAAGUGGAGAAUUUUUCAUCUGUGAGUUCAGAGACAAAAAUUGGCAUAUCUAUGAUAACUAAGAAUUAUAAAAAUAUUGAAUACGAACAUAGGGAGGAGACUAGUUCUGUAAGAAAUGUAAGUGACAACAGUAAUACCUCUGAAGAGAAAGUGAAGAUGCCAUCAGCUGGAAUUCAGAAGAAAACUGUCAGUCCUGAGGAGACUCAUAAUGUUAUAGAACAAGAACACAGCAUAGUAGGAUUAAAAGAAAAUGAACAAUUGCAGAUAACAGCAGAGGUUAUGGCCUGUGUUAAAAGAAUAAAAUUCUCAGAACGUUCCUUGAAGAUAAAGAAAUCUGUUGAAGUUCAUCAAUGUCAUAUUUGUGAGAGGACUUUCUCCAGUCAUGGUAAAUUGAAAGCACAUGUUACAGGUCAUCUUUGUCUAUCAGAAUUUCAGUGCGACAAAUGCAACAAGAAGUUCCGCUCCAAGUUCUCACUCAGGAGCCACUUGGAGACUCAUUCAGCAAGUCGAAAUUAUUGCUGCCACCUCUGCGGGAGAUUGUUCCACACAGCCUCAGGACUUUGUAACCAUGUGAAACUACACAGUGAAGAAACAAAGCGAUUCUCAUGUCCACUUUGCAGCAAGCAGUUUCGUCAAGCUGGUCACCUUGAGCAGCACCAGCGCACCCACACAGGUGAACGUCCUCACCAAUGCUCAGAAUGUGAGCUGAGGUUCACCACACGCUGCCAGCUGAGUCGUCAUGUUCAAGGUGUGCACCGCUGUGCUAAGAAGCAUAAAUGUCUUUUGUGUGGCAAGGAGUUCCUCUACAGCACUAACUUCAAAGCACAUUUGCUGAGGCACGCAGGUCAGCGUAAUAACAAGUGUGGGGAAUGUGGCAAGACAUUUGUGACAGCAAACGCCCUCUUCAGGCACCGUCGGUCCCAUACUGGCGACAAACCAUUUCAGUGUAGCAUCUGCGGGAAGAAGUUUGCUGAUUGCAGCAACCGCAAACGCCACAUACUGCGUCAUUUGCAGCAACCCGUCGUACCCAGGGGACGGAAAAGUGGGCCUCGACCCAAGCUGGCCCGCAUAAGUAAUCUGAAAGAUCAGACUUCUGUUCAUCAACAGCCUCCGCCAAGUAAUGAGGCAGAGGUAUUGGAAGGCCAAGGCACUACUAAGGAAUUCAGUAAACUGGUACAGGUAUCUGCUUCACCCUCAGGAGGUGGCUGUCAGGCUGAGGGAAAUAGCAAUAUAAAUUCUAGUCAGGACAAUCAGAUUUCAGGUGAAGUUAUUCAGUUGUGUAGUAGCAGUAAUGUGGAGCUCAACAACCUUACCAGUGUAAGUACAAGCCAGUUACCACAACAAUUUAAUAUUUACUCAACCAAAAAUCAGUUUGUGUCUUAUAACAACAUGAUAACUGAUGCUUCAAAUAUUUAUGUAAGUCUUUCUCAAGAUGUGCCCCAACUUAUACAGCUGUCUGCACAGGAUACAAAUAAUUUUGUAAUUCAGCCUGGGGACCAUGAUGUCUCUCACUUUGUACAAAAUGAUGAUACAGAGAGGCAAUAUGGUGGUAAGUUGGAUUCAUCUCUAAAGGAGAAGUUGAGUCAUUCUGUUCAUAUACUGAAGCCCACUGCAAAAGCAAAUGAUCUAACUUUAUAUACCAAGAAUGUGCAUCAUGAAAAUUCUAUUCAGGAUAAUGGAAAUGUUGUCAUUGACAAAGAUGACAAAGCUAAGUUGUAUCAUAAUGAAGAAGAUAACAUAGACAUGGAAGCAGACAAUCCCAAGUCAUAUGUAAACUUGCGUACAUUUCUUGAAUCUUCUGAGGUAGUGGAAACACUGACGAGCAGCAGAAAUGAUGAAGUAGGUGAUGGUGAUAAUGGUCUGGUAAAUCUUGAAUAUGUAACACUAAUGGCAGAUGAUGGAAAGGGAGGCAGCUUUUCAUCACGGGUUCAAGAGAUCAUUGUACUUCCUCGUGACACCAUAAUUUCAGAUUAUGAUUUGUCAAAGAAUGCUGGAAGUCUUCGAAUGGUUGUGCAAGGUAAUGAGGGGAACAGUGACAGAAAACCUGCCUGCUGCACGGAACAAAUCGUAAAGGAACACACUGAGCCCCUGACUGUUUUGACAGAGGCUUUUGUACCAUCUCAGACUAUAAAUGAUGACAGUCAUCUGUCACAUACAGCUGAUAAAAGAAAGGUGACACAAACAUCCAGUACUAACUGUAAUAAUUUAAUUGAGGUACUGUUGCCCAGCACCAAUGGAAAUAAAUUAUCAUCGAACACUGGCGGUGUGAAUGAUAAAGUUCAGAAUGAUACACUGGAUUCAUCUAAUUUAGUACAAGUUCUUUUAGAGACAGAGGGCAGUAAUACAAGAACACAGCAAGAAUACACCAUCAGAACUCAACAAACUUUGCUUGCUUCAUCUGAUGGUUUUGGUGAUGAAGAUGCAAUUAUUCGAAUGCUGAGCAGUCAGGGAACUGUUAUGUUGUCAAGAACUCUAACAGAUUUUGACUUGACAAAAUCACCUGUUGCUGAAGUAACGCAACUUACUGAAAGUGGCAGUGAGGCAGUAGGAAGAGCUAUGAAUGAAGAUUGUACUCAACCGCUUUUAAAUUUUAAAUCAUUUUCUACUGUAGAUGCUACUGUAAUGCAUGAAACUACUGUCAGUAAAGAAGAAAGCAGUAGAUGCAUUGAUGUGACAUCUUCUGAUUACAGCCAUGAAAUUUCCCCUACAACUGCAUUUACCUCGAAUAAUUCAGAUGUAAACUCAGUUCGAAAAGCUUUGUCAGAAGAACUUAAGGAUGGAAUGACAUCUGGUGGCUUGCAGACAAGUGACCAAAAUGAAAUUUCAACAGGAACUAUGGAUGACAUUGAAAUUUUUGAGCUGUGUACUGAAGAAGACUUCCCAAAAUUUGCUCCCAUUUAUCAGGUUUAUCAUACUGGCAAGUCAAUAGAGAAUGUUUAAAUUAAGUGACAUCCUUGUUUGUAGUUAUAAACUGAGCAAACAAACUAAUAGGAUUAAGAAGACUAGAAAGUUGUACACUAAUUUGGAGUGCACUGAAUUACUUCUUCUAUGGCUCUCCGGUCCCUGGUCCUCCAGGUUGGGGGUUGGUCGCAAGGCUAACAACCUUACACCGUAAAAAGGAAGAUUUUUCGAAACCUCAAUCAGAGCCUCGGACAGACGGACGUAACAGAGGGCCGAAUGGAAGAGGAGAAUUGAGGAGGCCAUGGACCGAAUACGGACCGGAGAGCCAUAGAAGAAGUAUAUUGUAAACCAGAAAUGUUUUUGUUGACAAAUGUAGUCAACAACAGAAUGAUAUAUCACUCUUUAUGUAAGGAUGAUUUAGGAGGGUAAUAUUAAAAUGUUCUCAGUAAAAUGGGUUGUGAGAAUGUGCGCUUGAUUGAACUGGCUCAUGAUUAUUUGAGAGGUAUUGAACCGUCUGUUGCCAAGGUUACAUUACAUAAGGAUGACAACAAAAAUGAAGUGGGUUUCUAGAUUAUUGAAUGAAAACUAGAUGCCAUACUGGAAGAGAGAUACAUUUUAAAUAAUUUAUGUCUAAUGGAUGUAUCAUGAGCCUGGGGAAUACUACAUUAGAAUGUUAGAAUUGUUUUAAUUAGAAGUAAACAGGGUUUAGUUGUGUAAUUAGAACACAUUCCUUAAUGGUCAUAAUGUUUGAAAUUACUUCAUUGCCAUAAUUUUAUUUAUUUUUUAAUAUGGUUCAGUUUUUUAUGAGGUGUCACACCAACUCAGCUGUCUAGUCACAGGUCAAACAUCAUAUCUAGUCAAUAUCUAGUCAUAUUAAAUUACUUUCAUGUCUGUGAGAAGUAUCCUGCGUUAAUAAUAUAUUACAAUUAGAAAUAUGUUUUAGUUUUAUAUGAAUAUAUAAGCUAUAUAAUGAGCAGGGUGCCUGAAACAGCUGUAAUGUAUUGUAUACUGAUUCUGUAAAGGUGUGUGAUAAUGGUUGAAUUAGUAUACCAAUAUUUUGUUGAACAUAUAUAUUAUGUGACAUAUAUUUGUAAAAGGACUUACAGCAUUCUGCCUUUUGGGUGUGCAAAAACAGAUUGGUUAGUUUGGCAGUGACUU